UUCUUCUUCUUCCUUGAGCUGCUUUCUGUUCCUCUGUGUCUUGUUCGUAUUUUAUUUUUUAUUUUUGUUUGUUUGUGUUUGGUGAAAUACAGACAGGGGGAAUGGCGGAGCUGGAGGGCCUGGAGUUUGGGAAGUCAGACUUUGUGCUCCUGGAUGAGGUGACGAUGGAGCAGUUUAUGGAGAAUCUGAAGCUGAGGUUUGAGAAGGGCCGUAUCUACACCUACAUCGGAGAAGUGGUUGUCUCUGUUAACCCGUAUCGACAGAUGGACAUCUAUGGCAAAGAAACCAUUGAUGCGUACCGCGGCCGGGAGCUGUAUGAGAACCCCCCUCACCUGUACGCAGUGUCCGAUGCUGCCUAUAAGGCCAUGAAGAGGCGGGCCAAAGACACCUGCAUUGUCAUAUCAGGUGAAAGUGGUGCAGGUAAAACAGAAGCUAGUAAAUACAUCAUGCAGUACAUUGCAGCCAUCACAAACCCAAGCCAGAGGGAGGAGGUUGAGAGCGUGAAGAAUGUGCUGCUCAAAUCCAACUGCGUGCUGGAGGCCUUUGGGAAUGCCAAGACAAAUCGCAACGACAACUCAAGCCGCUUCGGCAAGUACAUGGACAUCAACUUCAACUUCAACGGCGAUCCCACCGGAGGACACAUCAACAACUACCUGCUGGAGAAGUCCAGGGUGGUCCACCAGCAGGAGGGGGAGAGGAACUUCCACUCAUUUUACCAGUUACUGCGGGGAAGCUCACAGGACAUGCUGGUGUCAUUUCAUCUAGUGAAUGAUCCUGCUGUUUAUACUUAUACCAAAGAAGGAGCUGCAACUGCUACCUCCAACAAUGAUCGAUCGAGCCACAAAGCGGUGAUGAGUGCCCUGGAAGUGAUUGGCUUCACAAAAGAGGAGAUUAACUCGAUUUAUCAGAUCCUGGCCUCCAUUCUUCUGUUGGGUAAUAUGCAGUUUGAGAGUGACGGCGAGAGCGUUCAGAUUCAGGGACUCGAAGCCGUCAACCAGAUCUCAGAGCUCACGGACACAGAUCCAGACAGCGUCAGUAAGACCCUCCUGUACCGCACUGUGGCCACCGGGGGCGGCGAGGUCAUUGAGAAGGGACACACAGAGCAGGAGGCCUGCUUUGGACGGGACGCUUUCGCCAAGGCUCUAUAUGAGAGACUUUUCGGAUGGAUUGUAAGCCGCAUCAACAGUGUCAUUGAAGUUAAAGACUACAACCCAGUGCUUCAUGGGAAAAACACAGUCAUCGGCGUGUUGGAUAUCUACGGCUUUGAGAUCUUUGACAACAACAGUUUUGAGCAGUUUUGCAUCAACUACUGCAACGAGAAGCUGCAGCAGCUCUUCAUCGAGCUGAUCCUCAGACAGGAACAAGGCGAAUACCAGAGAGAAGGCAUCACCUGGCAACACAUCGAUUACUUCAACAACCAGAUCAUUGUGGACCUCGUGGAGCAGCCUCACAAAGGCAUUAUCUCCAUUUUGGACGAAGCUUGCCUCACUGUGGGUAAAGUCACCGACACGGUCUGCCUGGACAGCAUGGACACCAAACUGGCCCAGCACCCCCACUACACCUCCCGCAAGCUCAGCCCCACGGACAAAACCAUGGACUUUCAGAAAGACUUCCGCAUUCGCCACUAUGCAGGAGACGUCACAUAUUCCGUCGAGGGGUUUUUGGACAAAAACAAGGACAUGCUUUACCAGGAUUUCAAGCGCCUCAUGUACAACAGUGCCAACCCAGUCCUGAAGGAGAUGUGGCCAGAUGGUCAUCUGAGCAUCACAGAGGUCACCAAGCGACCUCUGACCGCAGCCACCCUCUUCAAGAACUCCAUUGUGGCCUUGGUGGAUAAACUGGCCUGCAAGGAGCCGUACUAUGUGCGAUGCAUAAAGCCCAACGAGGUGAAGUCUUCGAUGUUGUUUGACGAUGCUCGCUGCAAGCACCAGGUGGCCUACCUCGGCCUGAUGGAGAAUGUGAUGGUGCGCAGGGCGGGCUUUGCCUACAGGCAGCCCUACGCUCGCUUCUUGCAGCGGUAUAAAAUGACAUGCGAGUACACCUGGCCGAACCACCUGAUGGCCUCGGACAGAGAAGCCGUGGAGGCCAUCGUCACCCAGCACGGUUUCCAGGACGAUGUGGCGUACGGACACACCAAGCUGUUUGUCCGAACACCGCGGUCCCUCUUCACUCUGGAGCAGGAGAGAGCCGCCCUCAUUCCCAUCCUGGUGCUUUUCCUGCAGAAGGUUUGGCGUGGGGCUUUAGCUCGUCUGAGGUGCCGGCGGAUGAGGGCCAUCUACGCCAUCAUGGGCUGCUAUAAGCGCUACAAGGUGAAGGCCCACUUCUGGGAGGUGGAGAGGAGGUUUGCUAAUGUGCGAACCAUGGCCGACUAUGGAAAGACCGUGGAGUGGCCGACCCCGCCUGCAGCUCUGUCCCAGUUUCACAACAUCACAGUCAUGCUGCAUCGCAGGUGGUGGGCGAGGCAGAUCGUGAAGAACAUCCCUCCGUCUGACAUGCUGGAGGUUCGGGCCAAAGUGGCGGCUUUGACUGCUCUGAGCGGAGAGAGGAAGGACUGGGGAGCCCGCAGAGUUUGGGAGAGGGACUAUCUGGCCAAUGUGCGAGACUGCCCUCAGACCAGCUCAGGCUUCAUCCGUGUUUCCAAGGAGCUGAGGAACAAAGACGAGUACAGUCAGGUCCUCUUCUCUGGCUUCUGUAGGAAGGUGAAUAGAUUCAACAAAAGCACAGACCGAGGCCUGCUCGUCACAGACAAAUACGUCUACAAAUUAGAUCCAAAGAAACAGAACAAGGUUUUGAAGAAGCUUCCUUUAGACGUUCAUAAAGAAAGCCCAGCUCCCCGUGAAGGUUUGCCGUUCGGCCGUGCAGCUACACAUGCGAGGAAAACCAAAGAACAUCACUGUAGAAACCAAACCGGGCCAGGCCCAUGCGGAUUUCAAGAAGAGCCGAGAUGGUUUCAUUCUGCUCAUCCCCGCUAACUAACAGUCCGCCCAACUCAACCGCCAACAACCGUUUAACCUCAGGACUGCGUCGAUUGUCUGAACUGGUCAAAACAUCAGUGAGGUUACGACAAAGACAGGGAUGUAAAUAUGUCACACUGUCAGGACUUUGCCUUGAAAUGCCUUUUGAAAGAUUUUAGAGGUUUUAAAGAGAUGCUGGCAAUCUGCUUUCUUAAUCCUGAGCUGCAGGAAUUACAGAAUAGUUUAGAGGCAACUUUGAAAAAUUAGGAGGUUAUUGUGUAUGUUGAAGAGACUCAGGACGCCCUACAAACAUGUACGAAACUGUUUUUGCUUUGCUGUUGGAUAAAAUAUUUGAAGAUGUGCCUUUUUAGAGUUAACAAAACAUGAAUUAAUGCACUUUUUGUCACAAUACAUUAAGACAAUUAAGACAAAACAUUCCAGAUAUAUUUUUGUAUAUUGAGUCGAAUUGUGAUGAAAUGACAGCAAUUUUUUUGUGUCUUGUCUCCUGCUGUUGCCUUAAAAAAAAGGGUCAGAAGUAAUAAAAAAGGGAGAAACAAGACCGUGGAAGAAAAUAAAUUAUUCAAGAUUUACUUUGUGAGUUCUCUGUGUGUUAAUUUAUCACCACAUGAACAGACAGCAUGCUGCACUGUGGCUGUGUUCUUCAUUAUGCAGUGAUUAAAAUAUUUGUUCUCAAAUGUGCUUUUG